AAUUUCGUUCCCUGGCGAGCUUUUCUUUCUUCGUUCUUCUGUGUUAGUGACUUUGUGUUUUCUUACCAGUUUUUGAAGUAAAAUAUUGAAGAAAUAAUCCCAGAAGACAUUUACGCGAAAUAACAAGCUGCGGGAGGGUGAAUAUCGAUGGCUUGCGGGGCGACUUUAAAAAAGAAGUUUGGACUUUGAUCCUUUGCACACUGUGGUAUCAACCUCCCCAAGUCAUGCCCCAAUUGUUGCAAGAACACCACCUAGCAAGCGUCGUCGAUUAUCUCCUCGUUGCGGAUCAGUUUUCUCGAGCGCAGAAUGUCGAAUGUCAUCAGGAUCUCCUUCUCAGUCUUCGUCCUCUUUAAAUCCAUCUCCGUUUAAGCCAAUGCACCCAAUUUCGUCAGAGGCGAUUUUGAAGAAUAUAUUUGAUGAAUACAAAAGAAUGAAAAGGCGUCGGCAACUACAAUUGACACCGGAUACUCCAUCAGCCUCUGAUACUGAAACUCAGAACUUGCAGAAUUUCACUCUGGCCAAUGCAUCUGGUUCUUCUGCUCCAUUCCAACCAAGCUCUUCACUUCCGUCCACUAGUGGUGCUGCAGAGCAACAACAAGAUAAGAAAGUGACCAACACCCCGCUUCUUACCAUGAAGCAGGUUGGAAUGAUAUGCGAGCGUUUAUUGAAGGAACAAGAAGAAAAACUGAGAUCUGAAUACGAGAAAGUCCUUGUUCUUAAGCUGUCAGAACAAUACGAUGCAUUUGUUAAAUUCAACUAUGACCAAGUACAAAGAAGAUUGAACGAAUGUCCUGCUAGCUAUGUUUCCUGAAUCCAAAGAAGUGAACUGCCAAGAAAAGUGAUAAUAGACAUUGUUGAAUCAUAAUGCCAUGAAUGUUUGUAAAUAAAUAGGAUUUUUAACAAGAACUUUUGCUGCUUUAUGAUGCUAUAGGUAGCAUUUUGUGAUGUCAUAAAUGUGUCAAAUAUGGCUAUACACCAUGGAUGAAUAUGAUGCCAUAAAUGUCACACGAUUAUUGGUGAUAUUAUAUUACUUGAGCAUUGUGAUGUAACAACACCAUUGUUGACAUCAUAUAUGUGCCUAUUAUGACAUCAAACGCUAUUGCAUGUUUAUAGCCAAUCCGGUGUUUACUGUUUUAUUCCUUUCCCUCAAGUUUUUUGCCUUGUUUUGUUUUUCUUUGAAGUGAAACUCCUUUCUUAUGUCUUCUCUUUCUUUAUAGUAAUUCGCUUCUUGGCUUAAUAGCCUUGCGGUUGAAGCAAUAGACUCAAGUGUCUCGG